AUGGUCCUGCUAAACCUUAGAUUUAAACAUUAUGAAAGCGCUCUGUCUUACUUUACUUUAGCCCUAACGCACUUAGCAUUCCACAGAAUUAGGCUAAGGUGCCUCUCGACCCUUGGUGCCUCUCGAAAAGGUGCCCUCUUCGACGACCAAAGGUGCCCUCUCGACCCUUCCAAACCUAAAGGUGCCCUGACCCUUCCAAAGGUGCCCUCGACCCUUGUGCACAAAGCCCUCUCGACCCUUCCAAAGGUGCCCUCUCGACCUUCCAAAGGUGCAUUCCAAAGGUGCCCUCGACCCUUCCAAAGGUGCCCUCUCGAAAAGGUGCCUCUCGACCCUUCCAAAGGUGCCCUCUCAACCCUUCCAAAGGUGCCUCUCGACCCCAAAGGUGCCCUCUCGACCAAGUUCUCGAGGUCCUCUCGACCCUUCCAAAGGUGCCCUCUCGACCCUUCCAUAGGUGCCCUCCGACCCUUCAAAGGUGCCCUCUCGACCCUUCCAAGGUGCCCCUCUCGAGGUGCCCUCUCGACCCUUCCAAGGUGCCCUCUCGACCCUCUGCCCUCCAAAGGUGCCCUCUCGACCCUUCCAAAAGUGCCUCUCGACCCAAAGGUGCCCUCUCGACCUUCCAAAGGUCUCGACCCUUCCAAAGGUGCCCUCUCGACCCUUCCAAAAGGUGCCUCUCGACCUUCCAAAGUGCCUCUCGACCCUUCCAAAGGUGCCCUCACCCUUCCAAAAGGUGCCCUCUCGACCCUUCCAAAAGGUGCCUCCGACCCUUCGGUGCCCUCUCGACCCUUCCAAAGGUGCCCUCUCGACCCUUCCAAAGCCCUCUCGACCUUCCAAAGGUGCCCUCUCGACCCUUCCAAAAGUGCCUUCUCGACCCUUCCAGGUGCCCUCUCGAAAGUGCCCUCGACCCUUCCAAAAGUGCCCUCUCGACCCUUCCAAAAGUGCCUUCUCGACCCUUCCAAAAGUGCCCUCUCGACCCUUCCAAAGGUGCCCUCUCGACCCUUCCAAAGACCCUUCAAAGGUGCCUCUCGACCCUUCCAAAGGUGCCCUCGACCCUUCCAAAGGUCCCUUCGACCCUGGUGCCCUCUCGACCCUCCAAAGGUGCCCUCUCGACCCUUCCCAAAAAAGUGCCCUCUCGACCCUCCAAAGUGCCCUCCAAAAGUGCCCUCUCGACCUUCCAAAGGUGCCCUCUCGACCCUUCCAAAGGUGCCCUCGACCUUCGACCCUUCCAAGGUGCCCUUCGACCCUUCCAAAGACCCUUACCCAACCACCCCUCUCGACCCUUUCGAAAAGGUGCCCUGCACUCUUCCUCUCGGAAAAGUGCCCUCUCGACCCUUCCAAAAAGGGCCAUUUCCAAAGCCUCUCUCGACCUGCCCUCCACCCUCCAAAGGUGCCAUCUCGCCCUUCCAAAGGUGCCCUCUCGACCCUUCCACAAGUACGCUCUCGACCUUCCCAAACCGAGAAAAAGAUCAUUAUCCCCCCUGCCGAGAAGCCCGCGAGAGAGGGCCAGAGGCUCGACCCGGCACCGAGGAGCCGUGA